CAAUGGGAGUUUAGCAACUCGAAUUUCCUCAGGAAUCAACCUGAUCUUCUAUACUUUGUCACUCGCAAGAAAGGGAAGGAUACGGAAAACAUUAAAGAACCCAAUGAAGUCGAUCUUAAUCAUAUAUUAAAUGAGAUUGCUUCAAUCAAGAAACAUCAAAUGACCAUCAGCGUGGAUUUGAAGAAUAUUCAAAGGGACAAUCAAAUUCUGUGGCAAGAAACGGUGACGGCACGUGAUAGACAUCGUCGUCAACAGGAAACGAUUGACAAGAUUUUGAGGUUUCUUGCGUCUGUAUUUUCCGCGGACAAAAAGAGGGCUAUCGUGCCAAAGAAAAGACGAUUGUUGCUCGGAAACUCUGACACAGACUAUGGAAAUCAAGAAAUGAUAGGAUCGUUGAGUAAUUGGGCUUUGGGUGAUGAGGGGCAGGGUGUCGCGAACUCUAAUCCCUCAGCAUCCGAAAACGAGUUAAAUCGCUUAAUGAACAAUCCAGCGGCAUUGUCCAUACUUGCAUCUCUCGCCGUGAAUGAUCCCACGUCAACCAAUAAUCUGCCUCAACUUGAUCUUCUCAACUCUUUAUCCACUACAUCAUCAGAUGCGAUCGAUGAUUUCUUGGAUCCAUCCAACUUCUCCAGCUUGCUUCAACCUCAGUCUGACCAAGUUCUCAAUCAAACGGCACCUUCAAGUGACGAUUCAUCGUCAUCAUCCACCCUUGCCAAUGAGAAAACGCUCAAUUCGGAAUCUCUGGUCUCAAGCGCAGCUUCCGCUUCUAUUCCCAAUAAUAAUACAUCAUCCGAUACUAUCAAUGCACAAUAUAAGGUGCCAGAACAACGAGCGAUAAAAAACAAUGUUGUACCAGGGGCUCCGAGUUUACUCGAUCAAAAUGAAUCCAUCUUUAAUACAAACGGGGCCAUUAACAACAUUGAGGAGAGAAUAAACGCAUUGGAUUCCAAUGUUGAUUAUUUGACGUCUCUCACAGCUCAAUUGGGAUAUGACCCCGAAACUAAUGACGACCUUGAACUGGAGAACGGGACGGGUGAUGAUUUUCUUUCGUAUUAUGAUGCGAAUUUCAAUCCGACGGAACAAGAUCGUCAGAUGUUGUUCAGUAUCAUGGAUAGUGGAAAAUCCGCGAAUGCUGACACUCACAAAGAUGAGGAGACGCAUAAGGCACGCGCCUCCACGGCAAAAACCACGAAAACAGUGACGCCAUACGUCCCCCCGAUGGUACAAUACCCCUCUCAAUAUUACGCAAGGGAAUACACAGAUAAUCGAGAAGCUUUGAGCACGCGAGAUACUAACCAAUUGAAAACAAGUAUGGAGGAAAAGGAUGAUGAUGAUGAGAGCACGACCACGAUUGACGAAUUAAAUAUUGAUGACCUAUUGGCUAAUUUGGAUGAUGAUAAUACAUUUAUUGGGUAUAACGAGAGAAAAUAG